CGCGCACCGUAGCGCGCCGCGCCGGCAUAUGAUGCGGAAUCUGUUCCAUGCAUAUCAUCAGCAGAUGUACAUCUGUAUCAAUCAUACGGAAAAGCCCAGCAUUUUAGGCACAUUUUGUGUUCCAUUUCAGGAUUGUGAUGUCGACCCGACAUGGACCAUAUUCUUCACUGUUUGUCAUAUUUUUGUUAUCGCUGUUUCAAGUCAUAAACGGAGAGACUGGUUAUGGAGAACAGCUGUUUGGGUCAUUUCGUCUGCGUCAGUACGGGUCGUAUGGCGACGUGACGCUGUUUCAUGUUGUCAUCCCUCCACACUGUACGCGAGCUAUGUGGGAUGUGGUAGUACUGAAGAUCCGAGAGGAAUGCCCGAAGACUGAAGUCAACAUAGCCAUCCAGGCUGGGAGCCUUCCCUUGCCCAACCCUUACAACACCAGUUUCCCACUGCACACCAACACCCAGAGCCGACGCAAUCUCAACCUGAUCACCAUGAUGUCCAACCAGCCAGUCAGAUUCACUGUUGGGACUCCGUCGGCCGGGGGUUGGUACAUGGCGUCGUUCCUGCCCAAGAGCAAGGACAACAAGAUCGAGCAGCAGGGUUUAGGGAGUGAGCCGUGCUACUACUACAUGCAAAUGGGCGUGUCUUACUGGCAGGAACAAGAUGUCCAAUCUCUCAGCACACACUCACGAACGACAGUCCAGCUGUCGUCGGAAACAAAUGAGACAACGGCCUUCUACAGGUUCUACGUUUCACCUUUGACCAAAACCCUGACCUUCUCCUAUCAAGAUUGCCAGGUCGGGUCAGAGGUCAAUGGAACUGAGGUCAACGAAACCUGCCCUGUAGAGUUCAGAGCCAGGGCCAACGGUCUGCCCAAUGUGAGAUACUCGCCGCCGGUACUCUGCGACUUCAACGCUUCGUGUUCGUUACAAAUCGGGGAACCGCUGGCAGACACCUGGUACUACGUCCGUAUAGAUUUGUUGUCGUUGGACGGACCGUCUAUGGUGAACUUGAGUUUCGGAGUUGCGGAACAGAAGUGCUCAGAGGAAAACGUCCAAUUUCACAGCGUGUCCCACGAGAACAUGAAUUUCCAAACUUUGCUAGUGAGCCCGAAUUCCAGCCUCACUUACUCCCAGUGGAACAGUUCCGAUAACCCCUCAGCGUCCCUUCAUCCAGCCUCCGACGAAAGCGACCCCGAACUGGACCCCUACUACCCUCCCGAAACGUUGGCUUCCUUGCCCCCUUCGGACUAUCUGCCCAUGACUUCCCAGAAUCCUUUUGUAUCCCCAGCCUGGUGCCCCCCGAUUGUACCCUUGUCCUCGGUUCAGUACGGGGGCGCCAAUCCCUUCAAGAGGUUCAUCCAGAACACCCCUAUCAUGCCUAACACCACCGACGGCGUGAUGGUUCCUCCUGAGGUCCCGGUCAUCGCGAGCUUUGAGUUGGAUCUGCUGCAGGACAUCGGAGGCAACUUGGUGAUCAAAGCGAACAUCAACGAGAACAUGGAAUAUGAGGAACAAGCUUCCAUCACCCUCUGUCUGCGUCGGGGCGCUAUACCACCCCUCAACGGGACACAGAUAUCCUGCGAUCCAAAUUACAGCGUGACAUUUACCAAGGAGACUGCCUUGUUUACAUUUCCCUGGAUCGUACCAUUCCCUGCACCAGGGGUGUGGUACCUGUCAUUAGAGUCACAGUGCAAGUCCAACGCAAGCAAACUGGAGCCUUGUAUUGACACUACCUAUGUCGGUCUGGACAUCGGUAUGUUUGGCUGUAUUGAUGGCUGCGGUGAAUAUGGCAAAUGCCACAGCUCCAUUGACAUGGGCAUUAUAUACUACUACUGCGCAUGCAAACGAGGAUAUCGAGGCUGGGCUUGCACGGAUGAUUCCGAGGCGUGGUCGCAAGCCUACUUCCUGAGCAGGCUCCUACUGCUCACGCUCAGUAACACCUUCUUCAUCUUUCCGUGCCUGCUGGCCCUGAAGCGCCGCCAUUUUGUUCCGGCCAUCGCGUACUUUUGUACGCUGAUCUUUUCGUCGUUCUACCAUUCCUGUGACUCUGGUAGUCUGUGCAUCAUGUCCUUCAACACCUUGCAGUUCUGCGAUUUCUUCGCGGCGUUCAUGGCCAUCUUCCUGACCUUGAUCACCAUGGCCAAACUGCCGGCGCCGCUCAAACAAUCACUGGAGAUACUAGGUGCAUUUGGCAUGGCCUUGGGAACCACCUACAACCGGUUCAGCUUAUGGGCUGCUGCCGUUCCAGUGGGUGUAGGGCUGACCGUCCUGCUUAUAUCAUGGUCACGUCGUUGGUAUAAGCGUCGGCGUUGCUACCCAACCACCAAGUGGCGCUGGCUGCUCUUCAUCCUGCCCGGCGCCGCCGUCAUCAUCACCGGUCUCUGCCUCUUCGCCUUCCUGGAGACCAGCGACAACUACCAGUACGUGCACAGCGCCUGGCACGUGGCCAUGGCCAUCGGCGUGCUGUUCCUGCUGCCGCCCCGAGAAAGUAAUGAUAAGCAACACUACACUCACAUGUCCGAACUGGUCGACAUAAACACACUGAACUCGGAGCUAGUCAUGCACGAUGACCCCGGCUACUGACCCCCUGAACUUUGACCUUUGAAUCUGACCUCUGACUUCGUUCAGGACGGCCUUACAAACCCGACGCUUAUUGAAAGAGGGAAAAACGGGAACUAAUGUGUGCCUGCAUUGUAAAUAUGUAAAGCAAUUGUGAAAGAAAAAGUAGAGAUGUACAAUUUACUCAGUUUAAUUUUAGACGCAAUGAUGUACUUAAUUUUCUUUCUUUUUUUAAA